AUGCCUCUCAUCGUCCCGACUCGCACCAAGCCCAGGGUCAUCCUGGGUCUCAUGACCUUUGGCCCCAGCAAGGAAGCCGGCGCGCGCAUCACCGACGUGGCGACGUUGGGCAAAGCGCUCGACACGCUGCAGGCGCGGGGCUACGACGAGGUCGACACGGCCCGCAUCUACGUCGACGGCAAGCAAGAGGCCUUUACGCGCGAGGCCCGGUGGAAGGACCGCGGCUUCACGCUGGCGACCAAGGUCGAGUACCCGUCCAAGCCGGGCGGCAACAACGCGCAGGCCGUCAAGGCGUCCGUGGAAAAGAGCCUGGCUGAGCUGGGCACCGACUGUGUGGAUAUCCUCUACCUCCACUGCCCCGACCGCGGCACCCCCUUUGCCGAGACGCUCGAGGCCGUCAACGAGCUGCACAAGGCCGGCAAGUUUGUGCACCUAGGGCUGAGCAACUUUGCCGCGCACGAGGUGGCCGAGGUGGCGCUGACGUGCAAGUACAACGGCUGGGUGCGGCCGACCGUGUACCAGGGCAUGUACAACUGCAUCACGCGCAACAUUGAGCAGGAGCUGUUUGUCGCGUGCCGGCGCUACGGGCUCGACAUUGUCGUCUACAACCCGCUCGCCGGCGGGCUCUUCUCCGGCAAGAUCAAGUCCAAGGACGUCGUGCCCGAGAGCGGCCGCUUCUCCAACGAGGCGGCCACGCUGGGCGACCGCUACCGCGAGCGCUACUUCAAGGACGGCGUGUUCCGCGCGCUGCAGAUUGCCGAGCGGGCCGUCGCGGCGCACGACGGCCUGACGCUGAUUGAGACGGCGCUGCGGUGGAUGGUGCACCACUCGGGCCUGCGGGUCGUCGGCGGCAACGACGGCAUCAUUGUCGGCGUGUCGAGCGUCGAGCAGCUCGAGAACAACCUGGACAAUGUCGAAAAGGGCCCGCUGCCCGAGGACGUCGUCGAGGCGCUCGACCGUGCGUGGGAGGCGGCCAAGGAGGAUGCGGUGCCGUACUGGCACGGCAAGCUCGAGUACUCGUACAACCCGCAGCAGGUGCUCUUUACGCCGGGCGCGAAAUAG